AUGAUUUUCAACUUUGGUUUAUUAGUUUUAGUUAAUAUCUUAUUAGCAGAGGGUGCAGAAAUUUUCUCCUACCAUGAACAAAAAUGCGCAGGUGAUCUGUCAGGAAAUAUCCAACUUGACGAAAAUACAUGUUAUGGAAUGACUGGAGGUAACCAACAAAGUUUUUCUGUGUCGAAUGAAUCAGAUGAUUAUACUGUUUAUGUCUGGUAUGGAAACAUGCAGUGCAAUGAUGCAUGGAGUGAGUCAUUCAAUCACAAUGACUGUCGUGACUUAGAUAAUGAUGAAUUCUCAGUUUUAGUUUCUAGAGGUGAUGUUAAAAGUUCAAUUGUGAAGCCUCAAAAACAUGUGAAGAUCGACAACUUCUUUUAG